AUGUCUGACACUACUCAGUCUAUUAAGUGUGUGGUGGUCGGGGAUAACGGUGUUGGCAAGACCACCCUCCUAAUCCAAUACACAGCUAAUUAUUUUUGUCCCCCGGAACGAGUCCCCAUCGUUUUUGACAAUUAUUCCACCAAAGUUAGAGUCGGCGAUCAGUCCUACGACCUGGGACUGUGGGACACCUACAAACCCGAAGAACAUGACCGCCUCCGCCAGCUUUCAUACCCUGGAACAGACGUCCUCCUUGUCUGUUUCUCGGGAUGGCCAUCCUUUGAAAAUGUGGAGAUCUGGCUGGAUGAAAUCCAAUAUUUCUGUCCGGGCGUUCCGUGGUUGCUUAUUAGAACUCGGGUUGAUUUGAGGAAUGAGCAAAGCUCCCGAGCUAAUAACGGGCGGGGGAAACAAGUGACAAGAGAGGAGGGUCAUAAGUUAGCUAAGAGAUUGGGUGCUGUUAAAUAUAUCGAAUGCUCUGCUUUGGAGAAAAUUGGUGUGGAAGAAGUCUUUGAAGAGGUGCCAAUCCCUGUCACUCUCUCCUAUUCACCGACUAUAGCUGACCAUAUAUCGUUUAGGUUAUCAUCGCAUCGCAGCUACCAAGGCCCACCGGGGAAAGGAAGAGGUCAUGCAUACUUCUUUCAGGAUAGAAUUACUAGGUUCCUCACGACAUUUACGCUUGUGUACACCUAA